UAAUCAUAAGGAAGAGCGCAGGAAGACUCCGGAAACACAUUUGGAAUUUGUCAUUCCUGAUAAUGCAAUAGGCAACAGGUGUAAUAUAAUUUUUAUGUAGGCCAACCAGGAAGAGGUGCACAACAGUUUCAUCAGAAUUGGUGAUGGAAUAAACCACAGCACAAGACAGACAUGCCAUUUAUGUGUGUGCGUGCAGGUAAAAGUGUGUCUGUGUAUUAAUCGGUAAUCUAAUAUUUUCUUAUCUUAAUUUAUCCUUAAAUCUUCUGUCUAUUUGUUACUAACGUAAUUCAUAUAGAAUUGUUUGUUCAGUUGUUUUUGAUAAGACCAGCUUUAUGUUUACCUGCAAUGUUUUGCAAUAAUGUAAUAGCAGGUGUUUCUGAGCUUAUCUUCAUUGUCCUGAAUUUCACUGCUCUAAUGCUAUUGGCUGUUGCACUCAGGCAAGGCCAUAAGCGUGCAAUAAACCUGAAGGAGGACCCAAAGCUGGUGGUUAAUUUACUGCUUAGAGCAAAGAGCAAAACACACAGCACUUCUUCUUCAUCUGAAUUCAAGAGAAUAUCUUUUGAUGCAUCUGUUUUAGUCAGUAGCAUCAUGACAAUUACAACUGUAGGACUGGUGAAGAAAAUGUUACCCAAGACGUAUAAUCACAGAAAAGAGGUCUCGUCAGAAAUUGUGACUGUCAUAUCCCAGUACAAGCACCUACAGCCGGUCGUGGACAGAUUUGUUUUCAAUGAUGGCACUGUGAAGAAGCUGAUAAGCCUAGUAGGAACAGUGGCGGUGUUGUAUCAAGGGAACAUUUAUAACAUCCCUCUAUGUCUGUGGCCAGAGGAAAGCUAUCCCCGCACUCCUCCAGUCUGCUAUGUGAAACCCACCAAAGAGAUGGUCAUCAUUCCAAGUAGGCAUGUGAACAGCAAUGGCCAGAUUCUACUACCUUAUCUGGAUGAGUGGAGACAUACUCAGUGUGACCUCCAUGGCUUGAUUCAAGUGAUAAUGGCUGUCUUUGGUGAAACGCCUCCAUUGUGUAUGCGGCCAGGUUUAGGAGCAGAGACUCAGAGAAUUUCACAGACUAGCUCCACACGACACAACUCCCACAUAACACUGCAGAGAGAGGACGGGGUACCUUUCCAAGGAAAUAAUGAAACCAACUGUUAGCUGUACAAACUGUAUUCAUAUUUUGUAUGUAAUUGUAUAUAUUCAUAUUGAAUUAUAUAUAAUUUAUGUAGUAAAUGAUGGGGUACACACAACCUAAUGGAAAUACAAUAAGAUAAACAUAGUCCUGUUUAUGACUUGAAGCAUGUCCCUCAGAUUCUUCUAUAUGUAAAUUUUGAAUUUUGAAUGGAUGCAUAUUUGUUUGCAGUCUAUUAGAAAACAUUGAUUGUCCUGGUUUCAGUGUACAUCCAUAACUAUUUUUCAUAUUCAUUUCUAUUAUAAUAAUUCUGGCUUAUUUCUGAAGUGGAUGCAUUUAAGGAUGUAUAGUGGAAAAAAACUUUUUGACCUGUACAGAUCGAUGUGCAUGUGCUUUUCCAUUUCAUUGAAUAUUUUGGGUAGUGAUGUCUCCAUAUAGAGCUUGUUGAUGAAAAUAAAAGACUUUUAUUUUGAAACCUACACCCAGUUUG